AUGCAGAAACCAUUGAGAGAGCUGAGCCGGCUAUGCCUGGGUAAUCACAACAAUUCAAUUGUUGCUACGACGGAUGUCGUUCGUAAUGAGCCACCAAGUGGACUGCCUUUGCUUCAAGUAUGGCCAAGUGAUUCACCCAGAGAACCUGUUGAUGGUGAAACAUUUAUAUUUCCUGAUAAUCAUGACAGUAUUAAUGACAGUGGAAUUGAAUCAAUCCAGGCAUCACCAUCACCUUGUGGAGUAGCUUGUACAAGUGCAGCAACAAGUCCACAACAAUCACGUCGUCCAAGUCUUCUUCAUCCAGAUCAUGCACGUUUAAAUUUACAUCAUUUACAUCAUCACAGUGGUAACUCUUCAAAACAUCCACCAUCACCAGAUAGAUAUUCAAUUGAUGAAGAUGCACCACCAGCACCACCAAGUCCAUCAAGUUCAACAACAAGUAGCUUGAGAUCAAUGCCAAGUUCAGCAAUUGCUUCUGUACAUUCAACUCAUGAUAGAAGAAGAAGUAGCAGAUACAGUAUGUUUGAUGCACUGGAUUUAGAGUAUGCUUUAUUGCGAGCAGCAGCAAGAGGCUCAGUUGGUCCAUAUUCAUUUUCUGAAUCAUUACACAAACUAACAUUUACUCAAAGUCUUGCAUUUCCAGCAUUAGCACGUGGUCUUGCAUCAAAACAAAGUUUACCAACUAGACGUCCACAAAGACCAACUGAAGAUGGUUUAAAUGCAUUUGCUAAAGUUGUAACAGCAUUGGUAUUGAUGCUUGUUAGUGUACUUGUAUUUGGUGUUGUUUAUAAAUUUGUGAGAACGUGAGGUUUACUGCUGGUACCUGAACGUU